AUGUUCCAUAUCAUGGGCUCCUCUGGGCUAGACUUGUCCAAAGUCAGGGGAUGGGGAUCCAAACGAGCGGUUAUGCAGUACGGACUGAAGCUGCUGAUGGGCACCCGCAAAUACAAAGAGACUGAAGUGCGCCUACCCGGCAUACGCUGGACAUUCAAGGUCAUCCACACAGGUGGGGUAAAGGCCCUCGACGAGCUCUUCAGCAACCCUGCCAACCAGCCCGGAUUCGUGCUGCAACCCGAGCGCAUCCUCGCACCAGACGGCGUGCUCUUCUCCGCCGCCGAGUCGCCGAGCUUGACUGACUCCGAGAAUUGCCCGGACCGAGAUAUCUCAUGCAUCAUUCGCACUACCAUCUUUGCGCAUAACGCAGCUUCGUCCCCACCGGCGGCUCGACCGUUCUCGUCGUUUGGAUACAACGCAAAGGCUCUGCCUUGCGCCGUCAGGCGUAGAGCAGCUGCUAAGUCGGCGUGGUAG